AUGGCAUAUGGGUUGCUACUUCUCUUUGUGCUACUUGGCCAAGGGCUGGCAUUUCAAUCCACACCAGGAUUUACCUCAGGAAAAUCCCACACUUCUAUCACUGAAGAGGCAGUGCUUCGUGAAGCGGUGGAGUCAUGCAAGGCAGUAGCAUUGGCAGAAGGGAAGGCCUUCACUCCACCAGUGGAUCUGACCGCGGAGAAGGUGUUGGGUGCAUGUAUGAAAGCACUAGAGGAUAGGAUGGAUGUGUCAGCUGUAAAGUUUCGAGAGCUAUUGGAUGAAAUCAUCACCGCAAACACUGAGGUGGACGAUAACUUCUACUCUAGUGCCCCCCAUCACUUCCACAAUGAGGCCUUCAUCCAGGGACGUGAUCUCAUCACUAAAGAAGUGAUCAGCAUUAAAGCCAGCCUACAAAAGAACGAAAUGAAAAUGGCAAGGAGGACUUUAGGUGCCGUCAGCCACAUUCUUCAGGAUUUCUACAGUCACAGUGACUGGAUUGAGUUGGGAAAUACAAAACCAUAUGCCAGUCUACUCCGGGCAGACCUCCCUUUGGAAAAUAUUGCAGAUGUUGGCACCCCAACAUGCACAAAGUGCAGAGAGCCUGAUUGUAAAGACUUGAUCCUUCCAAACAUACUGAAGACUCACACACUCACGUCAGGGUACAAUCCAGCAAUUGGAUCCAGCAUACCACGAGAUAAAUGUUUCCACGGUGAUUCUUUCGGUCCUGGGAUCAAUAAAGAUGACCCAGCAACUUCCCUGGCUCCAGGAGAACCUGACCCUCAUGAUCUUGCUGCAAAACUAGCCACUGAAGCCACAGUUGACCUACUGCGAAAUAUUCGGAACACAGCAGGGGACCUUCGAUUUCUGAAGAUGCUGGGCAUCAGCCGUUCCUCUGUCUUGUGUUUUGUAAUCGAUACCACAAAAAGCAUGACCGAUGAUAUAGCUGAGGUUCGAAGACUAACCAGUAAAACUAUCGACGAUAGACGAGGAACAAGUGAUGAACCUUCUCUCUAUAUCCUUGCCCUGUUCAAUGACCCAGAUGUGGGACCAGUCAAGAGUACCACUGAUGCGGACGAAUUUAAGAAGAUGAUAGCUGCAGUUGCUGUGUAUGGAGAUAAAAACUUCGAUUUACCCGAGAAAAGUCUCUCCGGACUACAGCUGGCCCUCACUACAGCACCUCCUUCAUCUGAAAUUUUCCUUUUCACCGAUGCCCCUGCCAAGGACACAGAACUAGAAGGGGCGGUCCGUUCUCUAAUCAGUAGCACCAAGUCAAGGGUAUCGUUCCUGCUAACGAACAUCUUGUCUAGAAGAAAGAGGAGGAGCGUGGUGUCAAAUCGCGAUAACAUACUGUACGAGAAACUAGCCAAACUAUCUGGUGGACUGGCCAUUGAGGUGUCCAAGAGCACCUUGCCUCUAGCCACUACUGUUAUAAUGGAUACCGUUUCCUCUUCACUGGUAAACCUGUUUCAGGUGUCCGUGGAUCCAGGAAGGGACAAGACUUUCUCAUUCCUGGUGGAUCCAUCAGUGCACAAUGUGUCCAUUUACAUCAUUGGAUUUUCUGCGAGCUUUACACUGAAGAGCCCCACAGGUGUGAGUCAGGAAAGCAGAGUUAAAUCAGGGCCUUUGGGAAAGAUAUCUGCAGUGGGAAAUCUCCACAUCGCUCAUUUGACGCAGCAAACAGGAACAUGGCAAAUCAGCAUCAGAUCCACCCGUCCAUACAACAUCAGAGUUAUAGGCCACAGUGUGCUGGAUUUCCUGUACAAAUUCAUCAGAUAUUUCAAGGGUCUUCAUCCUGGAUUUGUGGAGAUAGAGGGACGGCCCUCAGCAGAGCUGUCAGUUGUGGAUGCAACGGGCUCAUCUACACUGAGACCCAGCAUGAGGGAGCUGGACAGGGGGACGUUCUUUGCCUUCUUUCCAACCCUCCCAGACGGCCCGUUCACACUGCAGCUGAGGGGUAAAAGUGACGGACACUCGUUUCAGCGAGAGUCAACCAAUCAGAUUCAAGCUUCACAGAUCUCCAUACAGGUGCAGAGGAUUCUCAUUCUUCACCCUGGAGUUCCUUUAUCUGUCCCCUUCAAAGUGACUGCGAGUGGGAAUGUGGGUAAAGUUAAGAUACAAGUUCGAGCCACUCAGAACUUUGUGGCCUCAUUCACACCCAGUUCGGUCACGUUGGCUGCUGGUGGCAGUGCUACGAGUACGCUGAAUCUCUUAGCUCCUCCCAGCACUCCAUCAGGCUCUGCCUGCACCAUAACCAUAGUGGCGGAAUCGACCGGAACAGGGCAGUCUAACUACGCCAUCGUCCACACGACCGUCAUGAGCAUGAUCACAGACCUGAAGCCGCCUACGUGCGUUGAGUUACACAGGAGCCCAAAAUGUCCCAUAUGGGAGAUCUCUUUAGCCAUGUCUGACGGCGACGGGACGGGCAUCGAAAAAAUCUUCCAUCGCGGCGCUGACGGCAACAUAACCAGCACCGUGACCGACACGCAGACCUUGGUCACCUUCUCAGCCUCUUGCUGUGAGGAGAGUGUGGAGUUUGUGGCUGUGGAUCGUGUUGGUAAUGCAGGAACGUGUUCGUUCGCAAUCAGUACCCCUCCAAAGAGUACUUAG